AUGAGCUGGGACCGAGCACGAGAGAGUAGAGCGAACAGAGCACCGAGCGAUACAACAUGCUGAUGUGAAGCGGCUUUUUUCUUAUCUUUUUUUUCCCUUCUGACACUGAAUCAUAUCACAAUAUCGACAAAUAAAAAUUAAUUAAAAAAAAAAAAAAAAAAAAAAAAAAAAACAUCGUCUUGAAAGCACAAUGGCACGAGGAGAGGGAGUCGAGCAGUACACGCCGAGUUUACUCGCAGGCAAACCUAUAAAUACAGAAAUCAAGACAGUAAAGCCAAAGGACGAGAGAAAUCGUCUGUCUGUGUGCAGCAAACUAUGCUAUGCCAUCGGAGGAGCUCCUUACCAGAUCACAGGCAGCGCUCUGGGCUUCUUCCUCCAGAUCUACCUGCUGGAUGUGGCUCAGCUGGAUCCCUUCUACGCCUCCAUCAUCCUGUUUGUGGGCCGGGCCUGGGACGCAGUCACAGACCCCACAGUGGGUUUCCUGGUGAGCCGGAGUAGAUGGACCUCCAUCGGCCGUAUGAUGCCCUGGAUUGUUUUCUCUACUCCGUUCGCGGUGCUGACUUACUUCCUCAUCUGGUACGUGCCUCCAUUUGAGCAAGGGAAGGUCGUCUGGUACCUGAUCUUUUACUGCCUCUUCCAGUCAAUGCAGACGUGCUUCCAUGUGCCAUAUUCAGCCCUCACCAUGUUCAUCAGCAGUGACCAGAAAGAGAGGGACUCUGCCACUGCCUAUCGCAUGAUGGUGGAGGUGCUGGGCACAGUGCUGGGCACUGCAAUCCAGGGACAGAUUGUGGGUGGUGCCUCAGAUUGUCCCACUGAGCCUGAUGUCCCCAACAGCAGAAACUCAUCCAUAAACAGCACAUCAGUUUCUUCACUGGAGGACACGAAACAAGCUUACUUGAUUGCUUCGGGGGUCAUCUCUAUCAUCUACGUUUUCUGUGCCGUGGUCGUGUUUUUGGGUGUGAAGGAACAAAAAGAGAGCGGACAUAAAAAAUCAAACCCCCUCACCUUCCGUCAGGGCCUGUGGAUGGUGAUGAGCCAUGAACCAUACCUCAAACUGGUCAUUGGCUUCCUCUUCACCUCUCUGGCCUUUAUGCUACUGGAGGGAAACUUUGCCCUUUUCAUCACCUACGCUCUUGGGCACAGAAACGACUUUCAGAAUAUUCUCCUGGUCAUAAUGCUGUCUGGAACUCUAACCAUCCCAUUGUGGCAGUGGUUUUUGACCCGGUUUGGGAAGAAGACAGCAGUUUACUUCGGCAUCUCUUGGGCAGUACCCUUCAUGAUCCUCAUUGUCUGCAUUGAGAGCAACCUGAUCAUUUCUUACUUGGUCUCAGUGGCGGCGGGUGUGAGCGUGGCCGCAGCUUUCCUCCUGCCUUGGUCGAUGCUUCCUGAUGUAGUGGAUGACUUCAAAGUUAAGAACCACGACAUCCAUGGUCAUGAAGCCCUCUUCUACUCUUUCUAUGUCUUCUUCAUCAAGUUUGCCUCUGGGAUAUCCCUGGGUAUCUCUACCCUCAGUCUGAAAUUUGCCGGCUAUGUGACUGGGAGCUGCUCACAGCCCGAUUCGGUCAGUUUCACCCUGAAGGUCCUGGUCUCUCCUGUGCCUGUGUGUCUUAUUGCUGUGGGACUGUUGAUAUUGAAGACGUACCCUAUUGAUGAAAAGAGGAGGCAACACAACCAACAACUGCUGGACUCUGAAACAGACUCUGAAUCUGAAACUUCAGCACUUGGGAGCAACGUGUAGCAUCAGAGGACGGCCAACUGCCAGAGCUGAUUUACACAUUUGCACAGGCCGUCAAGGGACAUGACCACAAACUGUCUGGACAAACAGAGAAAAGACUGCAGACACCACUGCUGCCCAAACAUCAUUGGCAUUAAUCGGCUUCCUCCAGUGGAUUACACAGGUUUACGUUGCCCUCUAGUGGCCAACCAGUGUCAUCUUUUGUGUGAUUCAAGUAUUUUCUCGUCCUUCAUGUCCAGCUGUGUCCCCUGUGUGUUAAACUGCAUUUACUAAAACUAAAAAAAAGCAGCACAAUAUUCAAAUCUCCACAGUGUAUUGUUUUGUCAGUAAGUGUAGGGUCAAAGUCCCGGGUUAACCUCUGUUCCUGUCGCUUUCACUUCUCAGUAUGCUUUUUCGUUUUUCUUUGCUUGUUUAGCUGAAAAACAACACUGGGAUCUGUCAAUCUUAUAACCUAGAAGAAUUUUUACCACUAAACUGGACAGGAAAAUCUGAUCACUCCAUCACUUUAACGCAGAUAAAACACAUUUUGUGUCAGCAUUCAUUAACUCUAACUUCUACAAGUGGAUGGCUAAUGCUCAUGGGAGCUGUAGUCAUUAAAUCAACCUAUAUUUCCAAAGAUGCAUCAGUUUAUUGUUUACUGAGAUGGUCCUGUUGCUAUCCACAACUUGACUAGUUGUAAGCAGCUCCUUUAUUUCUUUUGUGCAUUGCAUUCUGGGACAGUAGUACUCCUCUACUUCCUUUUUGUCACACCUCCAGUGUGAGUGCACUACAAACUUAAAACCUGGUUAGAAAAGCUUGGAAUUGGGACACUGCUUGUGAUUUGUGAUAUUGUUUAUGAAGUAUUUAUUUGCUGGUUUACAAGAUCGGAUCCUCACUCGUGCAAACUUGAGUGUGAUGUUACCUUUGAUGUUUACCAUGUCUGAGGUCAGCUCUAACUUUCCAUUCAGAGAGUGCUCUGAAUGGGAGCAUAUAAUAUCACCCCUUAUUCCACUAAUUGGAGUUGUAUGAAGCUGUGCUACAGUUUCUGCUUUUCUCUGGUGGUGGUGUUGUUUCCUGUAGAUCAUCAAGGCAAAAACUUGUAAUUGUACUUGAAUCUUCUGAAGGGGAAGAGGCACCUCGUGAUAUGAUGAACUGAAUGUAGAUUAUCCGAAUCACUGCCUUACACUCACACCUUAACUAUUUGCAAUGAGACUUUCUGUUGAGCUCGUUACCCAGACUGUUGGGUUCACUUUUCCUUUUGCUACUGAAAAGAAUUUCCCAUCACACCUUUUUGUGCUUUAACGUUGUAGCCAAUGUCCAUCAGGUUUAAUAGCCAUUUUUGAAUGUGCUUUUACAGCGAAGUCAACUCCAGUAUGAAGUCAUUUCAUCUAGCAUAUUCUCACUUCCCAAGGGAAGAAAAAUGCUUUAUUUAACUAUUUAUUUAAACUAUCUAAGGGAUUAUAAUUUUACCUAUGAGAGCACAUGUGUAUAAUAAUUUAUUAACAGUGAAUGGUUAUUGAUGGAUAUGUGACUGGGUGAUUUUCAAGUCCUGUGGAAAACAUUUCAGAACAUCAAAAUGGUGUUUUUCUUUCCUUUUUUUUUCUAAGGAAAAAAUAUCACAAGUUGCCGUAAUGUGAAAUGUGAAAGAGCUGCCUUCAUAGUAUUACCACUCAAAAACAGCAGCCCAAACCCAGAUUUUCUAUUAUAAGUUAUUUAGGAGAGAUUUGUCCUCUUUUUCAAACUCUUGAUUUAACCUCAAAUUAUCUUAUACCUUUACUGGAUAAAUUAUUACGUUAUAAAGAAUUCAAAUCUAAAACUUAAUCGAUUCCUGCAUAGUUUUCCUUUUUAGGCAUUUGAAGUUGCACUGAAUGAACUGAAAGAAGCACAUUACAUCUCUCCUUGGUGUUUAUGUUCUGUUGUAUGUAUAAAUUGUAAAUACUUUUUUUUUUUUCAAAGUCUGAUUAUUAUGAGCAAUAUAAAAGUCAGAGAAGAAAGGUAGCGAUGUGAUGAUUUUUAGUCAGUGAAUAAAGUUAAAGAAA